AUGCUCACCUUAGAACGGAGACGCCUAGCAUGGACCACUGACUGGUCGAUCACGAGGGCGAAUGGUUCGAAUGUCACAAUCGGAUCGGAAGAACCAUUCGAGAUAUGGCACGAGUUCCCGCGUUAUCGACAGACAUUCGCCUUUGCGAAGGUCACAUCAUCUUACAGGGGAGAAUUUAUGAGUAUUCUACAAAUUCUGUUCGGAUCAUGCUUGUUGAUUGCUGCGUUCACAAUGACAGAAAGUGUUCACCUAUAUAAAGUUGGUUCGUAUGGCUCUGCUACCAGUAAGCUACUCGAACAUGUGAGAUCACGAGUGAAACGAUGUUGCUGUUGUAUGGGAGGAUUUGGAUAUGGAAGUUAUGCAAGAUUCGGCGGGUUCAGUGGCUUUGGUGGUCCCUUCGGUGGAUUCGGAGGCUUUGGUGGUCCGUUCGGUGGAUUUGGAGGCUUUGGUGGUCCUUUCGGAUUUGGAUGA